AUCGAGUUGUUUCUCCCGCUGUCGCGAAAACAGGACCUAAAAGCACAAAUGGAGAGCCUGGCUCCAUUCUUUUUCUUAGUCUGAGAUUUAUGGACUUGUACAUGAUGAAUUGUGAACUCCUAGCAACUUGCAGUGCCCUUGGAUUCUUAGAAGGGGACACCUACCAUAAAGAACCAGACUGUAUAGAGAGUGUGAAAGAUUUAAUUCGCUAUCUGCGCCAUGAAGAUGAGACUCGGGAUAUUCGGCAACAGCUGGGAGCUGCUCAGAUUCUGCAAAAUGACCUGAUCCCUAUUAUCAUCCAGUACCCCCAAGAUAAAGAGCUGUUCGAUGCUGUCAUCAGGUUAAUGGUGAAUUUAACUCAACCAGCUAUCCUCUGCUUUGGAAAAAUUCCCCAGGACAUUAACCUCCGCCAUCACUUCCUACAGAUUGUUUCUUACCUGCAGGGUUAUAAAGAAGCAUUUGCCAGUGAUAAGGUCUUUGGACUGUUAAGUGAGAAGCUGUAUGAACUGUUGCAGCUGGACUGGGAGCAGCGCCAGGAAGAAGAUAACCUGUUAAUUGAGCGCAUCUUGCUUCUGGUGCGCAAUGUGCUGCAUGUGCCAGCUGAUCCUGAUGAAGAGAAGAACAUUGACGAUGAUGCCAACAUCCAUGACCGAGUGCUCUGGGCUAUGCACAUCAGCGGCAUGGAUGAUUUGCUCAAAUUUUUGGCCAGCUCCCCAAGUGAACAGCAGUGGAGUCUGCACGUGCUGGAGAUAAUCUCUCUUAUGUUCCGUGACCAGAAUCCAGAGCUGCUGGCAGCCACAGGGCAGACCCGUUCAGCCAAGGAACAGAGCGUGGAUGUGGCAGAACUGGAAGUCUUGAGGCAGAAGGAACAGGCUGAGAAGAAGAAUCGCGUGUUCCAGCGAAGUAGCAGACACUCUCGCUUUGGUGGCUGUUACGUUAUUCAGGGCUUGAAAGCUAUUGGGGACAGAGAUGUGGUGAUGCACAAGGGGCUACACAAUGUGAAGAACUACAGCCAUGAUCUAGGCAAGGAGGUCCGCCGGGUGCCAAAAAGGCAGCAGCUUGCCAGUGAUGGUGAAGGACCUCCUCGCCGUUCUGCUCUAAAUGUACGGCGCUUCCUCCAGGAGUUCUGUGUGGAGUUCUUGGAGAACUGCUACAAUCGCCUCAUGUACCUGGUCAAGGAUCACUUGCUCAGGGAAAAGGCCCAACAGCAUGAUGAGACAUACUACUUAUGGGCUAUGGCCUUUUUCAUGGCCUUCAACCGGGCCUCUACUUUCCAGCCUCAGCUGGUUUCUGAGACGGUUGGUGUUCGGACCUUCCAUUUCAUUGAACGGAGUCUGACCAACUACUAUGAAAUGAGCAUCGUAGAUAAGAAGGAUAUCACCUCCUGGUCUAAAAGGAUGCAUCUGGCUCUCAAGGCUUACCAAGAACUGCUGAUGACUAUGCAUGAAAUGGACCAUUCCCAGGAAGAAGCUGUGCGCAACAGCAGCCACGUCCUUAAGAAUAACAUUUUCUACAUGAUGGAAUAUCGGGAGUUGUUCCUCACUCUUUUCCGUAAGUUUGAUGAGAAAAAGCAACCCAGGUCAUUUCUGAGAGAUCUGGUGGAGACAACUCAUCUUUUCUUGAAGAUGCUGGAGAAAUUUUGCAAAGGGAGGAAAAACCUAGUGGUCCAGAGCAAGAACUACAGGAGGAAAAAGAAGUCCAAGGCUCGUUCUACUGCGCCUGGUGUGCAACCACAAACUCCCGAAGAGCUGGAGGAGGUGUGGCCAAAGCUGGUGGAGCAAAUUGAUAAGUGCAUAAAGGGCUUUGAGCCUCCUCCAGAUGACAUCAUUCCUUUUGAUGCCGCUUCAGAAGUUCCGUUAGAAGAGCAACGAGCUGAGGCCAUGACACGGAUCCAGGACAGCUUAUUAAUUGGCCAGGCCCCAGAGGCACUGUCCCUCUUGCGCUCGGCAAGGGAGGUGUGGCCCGAAGGAGAUGUGUUUGGAUCAUCCACGGUUGAUCCGGUUGAAGAAAUGGAGCUGCUGAAGCAAAUCUUAUUUGCCAACCUCCCUCGGCAGGCAGCAGCUAACCCAGAUGAGUCUGAGGAGGCUGCUGAGGAUGAGGAAGCUGCUGAGGAAGAGUUGGCAUCGGUGCAGGUAUCUGAAAAAGAGUUCAGCUUCCUGGAUUACGUGAAGCGGUUUGCUAGUGCGAAUGUCGUCAAGGCCUACGUCCUGCUGUUCAGAAACUACCAGCAGAACAGCCCCCACACUAAUCACUGCGUGGUCAAGAUGUUGCACCGCAUUGCCUAUGACCUCAAGAUGGAGGCCUUACUCUUUCAGCUUUCAGUCUUCUGCCUUUUCAACCGCCUCCUCAGUGACCCUGCCGCCGGCGCUUAUAAGGAGCUGGUGACAUUUGCCAAGUACAUUGUGGGCAAAUUUUUUGCCUUGGCAUCAACCAACAAAAAAGCCUACAUGGAACUAUUGUUCUGGAAAAGCACAGCUGUGGUUCGAGAAAUGACUGAAGGCUACACGGUGUUACAGGAAGAUGGAAGUUCUAAUUCGCACAAAGCCUCCUCCCAUUGGACUGAAAAAGAGGAGGAGGAACUUCAAGAGCUCUACCACAAGUAUAAAGAAGUGGAAGGUGAAGAUGUGCUUGAUAACAUCCUGUCACAUGUCGGCUCUCGUCACCGAGGACGAAAGCGGGUGGCCAGGAAACUGGUGCAGUUGGGGUUGGUGAGCAGCAUGCGAGACUUUCCUCCGGAGCGGAAAGGGACUCGCAUUGUGCUAUGGACAGAGGAGCAGGAGGUAGAACUUCGUCGUCUCUUUGAGGAGUUCCGGGACUCCGAUGAUAUCCUGUCCAAUGUAAUGAAGCACAUCACAGCGAAACGAUCUAAAGCCCGCAUUAUUGAGAAGAUGCUUAGCAUAGGGCUGGUGUCUGAGCGUAAGGAGCUUUACAAGAAGCGCAAGCGCAAAACUGGUUCGCUUAGAUCGAAUAAGACCUCGUUCCCCAAAGUUUCUGAGGUGCCUGACCUGGAUGAGAUAGAUGACCAAGAUGAAGAGGAAAAGGAUGAUUUGGAUAGUGAAGAAGAAGAAGAAGAUGAUGAAGAAGAAAAACUGGCCAAGGAGGAUGCUGGAAAUGACAAGGACCAAAAAUCCUGGGGCAGGUGGACUAAGAAAAUAUGGGGAGAUGCUUCAGAUCGAAAACUUGUGCAAAGCCUGAGACAAGAAGGUUUUGCUGGUCCCUUGCUCUGGCUUCAAAACUGCUUGAACAAAACAGCUGCUGCCCGAGGAGAGGAUGGAUGUGCCCAGGCUGUUCCUUUGGUGCCGUUGACUGAAGAAAGCGAGGACGCCAUGGAGCACAAAGAUUUCCAGGAACUGCUGUGGAAGAUGGGCGUACGAUCUCCAGCCAAUGAGCAGGAAUCCUUCUGGCGCAUCCCAGCUAAGCUUAACUCAGAACAAUUACGCCACAUGGCUGCUUUCAUUGCUUCAGAAGAAAUGGAGGGGGAGACUCAAGACCAGCAAACUGAAAAUAAUUCAGAAGAUCAUCCUGAAGUAAUAGAACCAAGAGGGCUGAAAGCAGAAACAGAGGAGCCUAUCCAGCAUCCUUUGGGCCCCAAGAGAAGCCGCUCGAUUGGUGAGGAGGAAAACCAUAACCAAGAUUCCAGUGAUGAGGAUGGACCACGUCCCUCCAGUAAGAGGAAGUGCCUGCGAAUUGAGGAAGAUGAGGAUUGAGGAAAUAAAAAAUGUCACUAUAAGCAUGUCAAUAAGACCAGUGAAACCAAGCCUUGGGGCUACUGCCAGUCACCUCAAAAACUGGAAUGGGCAAGAUUGAGAGCAAUCGACGUCCUCAGAUCCUCUGUGCCCAACAGUGAAAAUAUUAGAGGAAGAAUAUGGAAAUUGAAUUUCUAUAUAAUAAUUAAAAAUCUGUAUGAUCCCCAAUGUGGAGAGAGUAGGAUAAGAAAAGAGCUCAUAACUUCUGCUCUAUGAUUAGAUACAGUUGUUGUUAAUGCUGUUGUGACAGUCACCUUUCAAACUGCUCCAGAUUUGUAUAUAACUGUUGUUGCCUGCCUGCCCUUUGCUUUGCUAGCCUUCCUCGGUAUCAUUUGCUUGGAGUCACUAAGAAUUGCCCUCAGCAGCUAGAUUGCCAAACAAAAAAGUGACAUACUGGCUUGGUUUAUUUGUGGAUCUGCCUCUUGUGUGUCUGGUUUAGACUAAGAUAUGAGCAUAUAUGUCACAUUUUGCCUUAAUUACCUGAACACAUCAAUAUUGGCUUCUGCUGUUUCUCUUUUUUUUUCUGAUUGUGAAAUUCCUUCUUUUUUUAAAAAAAAGGAACUGAAAAUAGUCCAUCUGCAAGCCUUGUUAAAAAUAUGGCAGUGAUGGGAUGAGGAUACAAGAGAUAUUAAAGAUGCAAUUGCAUGCAUCUCUGAUAUUUCUGCUUUGCCACCUUUGGUAAGAGUUGUUUUUUACAUUGGAUCCUUCUGAAAUCUGUGUCAGCGGGAUAAUGUAUAACAAUUGUGGAUGGCUUUGUUGUAUUUUUGA